AACGCAUAUAUAACCUGUUCAGGGGUAAUCCAUACUACGUUUUAUUGUCAGAUACAGUAGAAAAAAAACCACUCGGAGACAUGCAGUAGCCUACAGGACGCUCCGACGCGCCCCGAAGUUAAAGCAAUCGCGACCUCUUUUAGUCUCCCCAAAGAGCCUCAGCCAUUACGCACCGUUUACGCACUGUUUAGCGUCCGGUUUCUAUGGGAACGAGCCCAAUGAAGAAAUGGCGAAUAAUUUAAUAAUGGGGGCUUUGAGAGCAAACGCCCGAUCUUUCAGUUUAAGUGCGAAGAAAAUAGAAGAGUUGCCGAGAUGUGUUACACGGUUAAUCUGCAUUUCAUCACUGCACUUAAACAACAACCUUCUGUUUGAUUUACCGAUAGAACUCCAGGCACUACAACAGUUGGCGGAGCUAAAUCUCGGAAAUAAUAAUUUCCUGGACAUUCCUGUUGUUCUGAAGCAUCUGCCUGCACUGAAAAAGCUGUAUUUGUACGGGAAUAAGCUGAAAACCCUGCCAGAAGACAUAUUAGAAGCACUGCCAAACCUCACACUGCUCAACGUUAACCACAACCAAAUCAAAGUCAUACCUCCACAGAUUAAAAGCCUGCAGAAGCUGGAGGUGCUGAGCAUGGUGGGUAAUGAGCUGGAGUUUGUUCCUGAUGAACUCUGCUGCUGUGUCAGCCUCACUGAACUCAACCUGACCAGCAACAGAGUUACCAGCUUACCAGCACUUCUGGGCAGCCUGUUCAACCUCAAGAAGCUCUACUUGGCCAGAAACGACCUGUAUGACCUGCCUGAGGGAAUAAGCGGCUGCCACAAACUGAAAAUACUGGAUGUUGGCGGGAACCACAUAACUAUGUUUCCUACUGAUUUAAGAUACCUCUGCCUGGAGGAACUGCUGUGUGAGGGAAACUUCUUCGUUCAACCAGAGCUGCUCAAGUCCCACCAGGAGAUGGAGGUUUUAACACUGAAGGAGCUGGCGGCGCGGCAGGUUCUACUGGAGAAGAUUGACAAGUGGUCGGCGGUGAACCGCUCGCUGCCCCUCUACCCCGAGCUGGCCAACAUGCUGUCCCAGGUGGGCCGCUGUGCCGUCUGCCACAAGCCCUUCCUCACCACCUGGCUAGAGUGUGUGCACUUCCUGGACCUCAAGAAGGAGAUGGGCAUGAAGCGGAAGUUAACUGUGCCUGUCCGAGCUGUCUUGUGCUCCUACACCUGCUUCAAUGAAGGAGGCCAUGACUACUAUGGGAUUGCUUCAGUAGUUCAGUAGUAGGAUGAAAACAUCUAUUUAACAUGAUGAGAUAAGCAGAUGAGGAGCAGUCUACUCUAUUGAUAACGUGUUUUAACAAUCUGUGUUACUUGUGCUACUGUUGUCUGACUCCUUCUUUAGUAUACAUAAUGUUUUGGAGUUGGACACUAUUAAAAAGUGCUUUAUGGCCUGCCAUUAUUAAAAAAAAAAAUAACACUAUAUCAACAGAUUCAUGAAUUAUUAUUAUUAUCAUUAUUAAUUGUAUUAAAUGUUUCACACUUAAAAAAUAACUUAAAAAACAGCUAA